AUGGAUCGCGACAGCAGGAUAAUCACUCCUCGGGAGGUCGAGGGCAUGAUCGCCGACGGCAAGACCAUCAUCAUCCUCGACGAUAUGGUUCUCCGCCUCGACAGCUGGCUCCAGAAGCACCCCGGUGGCCGUUUGGCAAUCCUACAUAUGGUGGGAAGAGACGCGACCGACGAAAUCAAAGUGUACCAUUCGGCAGCCACAUUGAAGACUAUGAAGGCUUUCCGGAUAGGCCGGAAACCUGCGGGUCCUUGGAUCAACAUGACACCACCAAUUAGGGGCGGCAUCUACAGCAAGGAAGAUACGACACCUGCAGAUGCUUCCGAUGCAGAUGCAGAUGCGCAUGUCGUGGAAUGUCCCUCGUCAGAUCUCGAUGAAGACUCUACCGACGAUGCCGUGAGCGAUGUCUCUGAAAGCAAGAGUUCCCGCACUUCCGUCACUUCCGAGUGCAGCAGUGCCGAAGAUGACAAGCCCCAAACCAAGAUCGAGACAGGCAUCCGACGACGCCUUGCUGCCCAUGAGGAUGUCACCGCUGAAGUAUUCUCCGAUGGGCCUGUCCUGUCCAACCGUAGUCACUCACCCAUGACCGCGGCCAAAUACACAGACUGGGCCAUGCAGCAGGGCAUUAACAAGGACCUCGACGAAUAUCCCUCUCUCGACCCUGCCGUCCAGCAGGAUAUCCAGGUCAAGUACCGUGCCCUGCACGAGCGUAUCAAGGAAGCCGGGCUUUACGACUGCCCGUACCUCGACUAUGGCAAGGAGAUGGCCCGUUACUCGACGCUCUUCGUGUCUUUCCUCGUGGCCCUCCGCUAUGAGUGGUACAUGACUUCGGCCUGCUUCUUGGGUCUCUUCUGGCACCAAAUCAUGUUCACCGCGCACGACGCCGGUCAUGGAGCCAUCACUCACAACUUCUCAUUCGAUACCCUCAUCGGCCUUUUCAUUGCCGAUUUCUGCUGUGGUCUCUCCAUGGGAUGGUGGAAGAGCAGUCACAACGUCCACCACCUCAUCACCAACCAACCUGAACAUGACCCUGAUAUUCAGAACGUCCCUCUCUUCGCCACCUGCCCAUCCUUCUUCAAGUCUCUGCGCUCUACCUACUAUGACUUCACUUUCGUCUGGGACGCUGCCGCCGACUUCCUCGUCCAGUACCAGCGCUGGACCUACUACCCCGUCAUGGGCAUCGCUCGCUUUAACCUCUACCUCCUCUCCUGGUUGCACGUUCUCUCCGCCAAGUCUUCCUCCCUCGGCAACAGCAAGGCCUGGUGGAUUCGCCCGACAGAGAUUGCAUUCAUGCUCUGCUUCUGGUACAUCUUCGGCUACCGCCUGCUCCUCUGCACGCUGCCCACCUGGCCCAUCCGUGUCGCCUUCGUCCUGGUUUCGCACAUCAUCACCAUGCCGCUGCACGUCCAGAUCACCCUCAGCCACUGGGGCAUGUCGACCUCUGAUCUCGGCGAGAGCGAGUCGUUCCCCCAGCGCCAGCUGCGCACCACCAUGGACGUCGACUGCCCCGCUUGGCUCGAUUUCAUCCACGGUGGUCUGCAGUUCCAGGCCGUCCACCACUUGUUCCCUCGUGUGCCUAGACACAACCUGCGCAAGGCGCAGGUUUUCGUUCGGGAAUUCUGCCAGGACACCGGCAUCCCGUACUCGAUCCUCGGCUUCGUUGACGGCAACAAGAAGGUUCUGGGUCGCCUUGAGGAGGUUAGCGACCAGCUCAAGAUCAUGCUCAACUGCCAAAAAUACAUGGCUGAGACGGGCGAGAGCGGAUUGCAUUAA